UCACUUCGCAAUAUCUCCGUCUUCCAUAAAGGCGCUGGUGCAGGUGCUCUGUGUCUCCGGGGGAGGAUGCCAUAGGAAGGACGGGCAGGGGAAAGAAUGAAGGAAAACGCUGAGAUAGGAGAGCACAGGAUAUGAUAAGCAGGGUAUCCGAUUGGAAACGGUGCGGUGCGAGGAAACUGAGCAUGAGAGAUUUAUUGAAAGGGGCACUUUGAGCUAUUACUCCUGGUCGGCAAUAGUACUAUGAUUUGGUAUGUGGCCACUUUGAUAGCAAGUGUUUUUAGCACCCGAGGAACGGCAGCUCAAGGUGCCCACGGAGUGAGAGAGGAGCCCCAGUUUGUGACGGCCCGUGCAGGAGAGAGCGUUGUUCUGGGAUGUGACGUGAGCCACCCUCUAAACGGCCAGCAGACUCCCUAUGUCGUGGAGUGGUUCAAAUUCGGUGUGCCUAUCCCCUUUUUCAUCAACUUCCGCUUCUACCCUCCUCAUGUGGACCCUGAGUACGCUGGUAGAGCCACUCUGCAUGGCAAAGCAUCUCUGCAGAUCGAGCAGGUGCGCUCAGAGGAUCAGGGCUGGUACGAGUGCAGGGUCCUCAUGCUGGAGCAGCAGUACGACACCUUCCACAACGGCAGCUGGGUCCAUCUUACAGUCAAUGCGCCCCCUACGUUCAUGGACACGCCACCGCAGUACGUGGAGGCGAGGGAGGGUGGCAGCAUCACUCUGACAUGCACUGCCUUAGGAAACCCCAAGCCCGUGGUCACCUGGCUGAGAGAGGGAGAUCUGCUGACCAGCAACAGGAAAUACACGGUGAGUGAUGGUAGUCUGACGGUGCAGGCCAUUGCACGGGAUGACCGGGGAGCCUACAGCUGCCGCGCCUACAGUGACCAGGGUGAGGCGGUACACACCACCCGCCUGCUGGUGCAAGGUCCUCCUUACAUCGUAUCACCACCUGAGAACAUCACUGUUAACAUAUCCCAGAAUGCCCAAUUCACGUGCCAAGCAGAGGCGUAUCCUGGCAACCUGACCUACACCUGGUUCUGGGAGGAGGACAACGUCUACUUCAAGAAUGAUCUGAAGCUCCGUGUACGCAUCUUUGUCGAUGGAACCCUCAUCAUCUACCGAGUGAAGCCAGAGGAUGCUGGGAAAUACACCUGCAGUCCCAGUAACAGUCUGGGCAUCUCCCCCUCCGCUUCAGCGUACCUGACCGUGCAAUACCCUGCCCGUGUUCUCAACAUGCCACCCGUCAUCUACGCCCCAAGAAAAUUACCCGGAAUCAUUCGCUGCCCAGUGGAUGCCAACCCCCCGGUUACAUCAGUCAGAUGGGAGAAAGAUGGAUACCCCUUAAGAAUCGAAAAGUAUCCUGGAUGGAGCCAAAUGGCAGAUGGAAGCAUUCGGGUGGCAGAGGUCACUGAAGACUCCCUUGGCACUUACACCUGUGUGCCUUACAAUGUCCUAGGUACCAUGGGACAGUCCCCUCCGGCCACUCUGGUGCUAAAGGACCCCCCUUACUUCAACGUGAGGCCCGGUGGGGAGUAUCGUCAGGAGGCAGGGAGAGAGCUGGUCAUUCCCUGCGCCGCUUCUGGGGAUCCUGAGAUCCCAACCAUUGUAUGGAGAAAGGUUGGGAAGCCCAGCCGAAGCAAGCAUAACAUCUUGCCCAGUGGUAGCUUACAGUUUGUGUCUCUGAGCAAAGAAGAUCACGGGGAGUGGGAAUGUGUCGCCACCAAUGUAGUAACAAGCAUCACUGCCAACACACGCCUUUUUGUAAUAGGCACUAGUCCACAUGCGCCAACUAAUGUCCAUGUGUCAGCGUCCACAAGCUCUGCGAACGUUUCCUGGGAACCUGGAUAUGACGGAGGCUUCGAACAGACGUUUUCCGUCUGGUACGGCCCGGUGAAGAUAAAAAACGAUUUAGGGCCUCAUGAUUGGCUGUCCAUACCUGUGCCUGGCUCUCAGACGUGGUUGAUGGUGCAGGGGUUGGAGCCAAAGACUGCCUAUCAAUUUAGUGUGUUGGCCCAGAACAAGCUGGGCACCGGCCCCUUCAGUGAGGUAGUCACUGUGACUACAGGAGGGUAUCCUAUAAGUACCCCAGAACCACUGGUGCUUCUAACUCCACCACGAUGCCUCACAGCCAACCGGACGCAGCAGGGUGUAUUGUUGACAUGGCUUCCCCCAGCCAAUCACUCUUCGCCUAUUGACCGUUACAUCAUCGAAUUUCGACUGGGAGAAAGGUGGGAGGUUCUGGAUGACUUGAUUCCCGCAACUGAGACUGAGAUCAUAGCAAGAGACCUCAUUCAGGACUCUUGGUAUGAAUUUCGAGCACUGGCUGUAAUGGAUGAUCUUGUCAGUGAGAGCAGUAAUGUGGUGGGAGUGUCAAGUACAGACCCGUUCCCUCCCACAGAGAUCUCAGAUGAAGGGCUGGCCAGGCCAGUGGUGGCCGGAAUCGUAGCCACCAUCUGUUUCUUGGCCGCGGCCAUCCUCUUUAGCACGCUUGCUGCGUGUUUCGUCAACAAGCAGCAUCGACGCAAGCUCAAACGCAAGCGAGACCCUCCACUAUCGAUUACGCACACAAGGAAAAGCAUUGAAUCUCCGCCUCCUCUUACUCCCUUGCCUGGCAUUGAGCCCUACUGGGAAGAGCCAGACAGGAGCAGCUACAGGCCCCCAUCUACCAGCCCUCAGCUGUCCUCUGGGAAGAUCAGUCCUGAGAGCAUCACCUCUUCCCGUCCCCCAUCUCUGGCCAGCGUAGGUGGCCCUGGCCUUUAUGUGAAGAAGUUACCAAGCCCCAGGAAAGAGAAGGAGCUUUCACUCUAUAAGAAAACCAAGAGAGCAAUAACCAGUAAGAAGUACAGUGUAUCGAAACAUGAGGCCGAGGUCACCACACCCAUCGAGCUGAUAAGCCGCGGACCCGAUGGCCGAUUCAUCAUGGACCCCAAUGACACUGACACAUCCCUCAAGUCCCGGCGUAUUGAGGGUUUUCCCUUUGUGGAGGAAUCAGACUUGUAUCCUGAGUUCCGCCAGUCAGACGAGGAGAACGAUGACCCAGGUCCCCUACCCCCAGUCAUGGCCACCCUCAGGCCCCAGAUAUCCCCUGUGUCCUCCAGCCAGGAGUCCUACAUGCAGCCCCCAGCCUACAGUCCUCGGUUCCAGAGGCCUAUGGAAGGUAUGAGCAUCUCGGAGGGUAGUGGGCUUCAGGCCACAGGGCAGAGCCGGGUCUCCCAUUUUCACAGGGUCUUCCCUCCAGGGCCCUUCUACGGCUAUCUAGGUAGUGGUGCUGAGGUGGAGCUUCACCCUCCGUUUUACAUGCCUGAUGUUAGCCCACGUAGCUCUGCCAUGUCCUCCUCACCUUCAUACCCCCCCGAGGGGCAGUUCCGUCAUCCCACCAUCCCAGAGGAGAGGGAGGAGCUGAGGAUCCAUCAGUACGGUGCUUCCGGCCACGCCCUCCCACUGGUGCAUAGCCCUCCCUCCUCUCGCUCAACCGAGACCUGGCAGCCUCCUGACUUUCCCUUUCUAGGUCAGGAGGGUCCCCGUCUCGCUCUUCCACCACGUCAUUCCUCAUAUCUCCACCGGGACCUCCCUGAGCCCCCACCAUACCCCUCUCAUAGUCGCACUCUUAGCACCACUUCUCAGCUCCCUUCAAGCUCUGCUUUCCUCCAGCUGGAGGCCCCUAGAGCCCACCUAAGCAGAUCUUCUGGCAGGUUCCCGCCUCAGGGCCCUUCAGCCAAGCAUGUAACUAUGCAACAGGCCCAGACUCUGGGGCAGUUGAGACACACUGCCCACGGUAUGGGCGUACCAGUGUUGCCUUACUCAGGCGCCACGGCCCGCAUGGGAAGCCCAAGCACACUGCACAGUGAGAGCUCCGACGGCUGGAGGUCCGAGGCCCAGCCUUGGCUCAGCCCCAGGGCGGCACGAAGGAUGGAACUCGGCCUGCAACAGGUGGUCCUGCAGCCGUCGCGGCUCUCCCCUCUCACUCAGACCCCUCCCAGCUCACACGCCGGCUCUCCGGACAUCCUCGUACGCCCUCCUCCCCGUCCCAUCCUGCGGUCUUCCCGCUCUCAAGAGAUGCCCGAAAGUGCCCGUCACCCCGUCAGUGUCUCCUUCUCCCGGAGGUCUCUUUCCUCUUCCCCCGCCACUUCACCCACCCAAGGCCAGAGUGGCCAACGGCCCAGCCUCAGCUAUCGCGCCCACAUGGCCUUUGCCACAGCAGCGGCCAGCUACCCCUCCCAGUCCCCUUCACCCCCCACGGAGAGCAGUGAUGCUUUCGGCCAGAUGCCAUCUCAAAGAAGGACAGAUGAGGAGAUGCUCCCCUCAGAACCCUCUCCAGGGGAGCAUCUAGGUGCAGUGAGAGUCCCUGCAGGGUCUGAGAGCUUUGAAGCACUGAUUUAUUAUUGUAUUAAUAAAGCCAAGAAAUCAACAGCCAACAAAAACAACAACUCCAGAUUCAAGAAAAGAACAGAUGUGUCCAUCUCUCAGACCCAGCAGCCGCUUGCAUCUCAGGCCUCCGAGCAACGAGAACAUCUCAGCUCUCCCUCAAAGAAAAAGUGGAAACGUCCACUUAAAAAGUCCCCAUGUCACCAUAUGUCCCCUCUGCUGCGUUGGCUUCACAACAGAGAAGACAGGAAAUCACUUCUGGCCAGUAUGGACCCAGUCCCUUCAAACUAUGGCUCUCUGCUUUGAGAAAGCCUUGGGGUGGCUCAUCUUCUUGUCCAUUUAGAUCAAAUGUACAAUGGACAUGCUCUCAGUACUGUUUUGUAAUCAGUCUAAACUAGAUACGAUUUAUUAUCUUCUCCGUUUGGCACAAUAUCCUACACAUAUCUGUAUUUUCUGUAAAUUUACACAAAGGAUAAACGCUACAGGGGUGCUCUUUUAGAAAACAUAGAAAAGGACAGGAAAAGCUUUUUGGUUCAUUAAAAAAUAAAUAAAAAAAUAAACAGAAUUCCAUUACAUGUUAGGAAAAGUCUUGCUGGCCACUUCAGAUUUUGUUAAACAGUAUUAAAUGUCAAAUUUGUGUAUAUUGUGAAGGAUAGAGAGUGUAGUACUCUGUACAAAUGUAUCUCUCAAGACGUGAUAGUUAAUACAGGGUUUCUUUUCUUCCUUCUACAAAAUAUACCUCAAAAAAAGAGAACAAAUAGCUAAAUAAUCUGGCACAUAUUUCAGCACUUCUACCAUAUUUUGUGCAGGCUAACAUACUGUAUUUAAUUCUGAAUGACUUAUUUUGUCUUUUUUGGCUGAGCUUCAACAGUAUUUCAGAAUGUGAGGGUUAAUGUAAGCUCAGAAAGUUCAAAAUAUGUACUUUGAAAUAUAAAGCACAGAAUAUCAUAGAUAAUAGAAACUAGCUAGCUGGCUGCGACACUAGAUAACAAAGUUUGAAAAGAUAUUUUUAUGUCAGCUGAACCGAUUUUGAAUUUAAAGUGAAGGCAGGUAGAUGAGUAAACACUGAUUUAUUGUUUCAAAAUGAUUUACGUAUUUAUUAUAUUUUGGACAGGCACUUUUUAACAAUUAAAACAGAGGUAAUAUAAAAUUUGCCCGCGUUGAAAAAAAAUCAUGUUUACUUUAAAUUUAAGAAGUAUGCUUUUUUCAAAUGUUCAGAUGACAAUAACAAAUGUAAUAUUUAUACCGAAGUAGAAUUAUUUGGUCCUUGUCUUGCACAAAUGUAUAGUUAGAAGUGGUGAAAUGCAUUAUUAAUCUUUCAGUAACUUCCUUGAGGAUAAAUAAUUUGACAUGUUGCUUUAGACAUAAACAAAAGGAAGUACAGUAGAUAUCGUGCAGACUACUAAAAAUAUCAGUCUAACAUAGCAAAGUGAAUUAAUCCUUACUUUAAUCGGUGGGAAAAUAAUCGGUGUUACUUUCUACUUACACAAGUGAACCUCGACUGUGUUCUUUUUAAAGCAAUUUGCAAGUAGAUUGUAUUGUAAUCUUUAGUAUUUGUCAUCCAUCACAGCUCAUCUGACAUAGCAAAGUUUGUGUUAUUACUAACGGUGAGUUUAGUAUUUUCUGAAGGAUGUUUAUCGACUCCAGAGUUCACUAACAGCUGCUGAUCUGCUACCUAUACAGUAAAAGCUAACUGAGCGUCCGCAUUAAGUUUAACCGAUGGUGAAUGUAAGGUUUGCUCCUAGAAAAUCAGAUGUUCUGAAUAUUUUUAAUGUGAUGUUUCUCUCUAUUUUAGCUCCUUAAGCACCUGUGCAUAUAACUCCAAAAUGAAUCUUCUCCAAAUGUUUAUGUUUAAUAAUGACGUACAGUGUUGGAAAUGGACGAAAUGUCAUGCAGUACUUGAAUAAGGCGAGGUAUUCAUUUCAGUGCAACAAGAUUUACAACAAAGACAUUUUUUUUAACUUUCAAAAAGGUCACAUUGAGUUUAGAGGAUUUGACUUGAGUGCCCAAAGGGCUCUUUAUACUUUUCCCCUUUCAUUUUAUGUAUCCAUUUUACUAAAUAUUACAUACAACAUUUAAAAAAUGUAACAGCUAUAGUCUUUUUACCCCCAUAUGGUGUGUACCAAUUCGAAAGGCUGCUUUAAAGCUGUAGUCUCGUAGAGGAGAGGACCGUGGCUAUUUUUAGAUCUUCUUGAUUACAGUACCUGCCUUUAGCUGUCAGGAAAGCAGUAUUGAAUCUAGACUUUGCUAUGCGUUUUGUGAAGAACUCAUCGCUGAAGUCCUACGAAAACCACAUAAUGUUUACAUGAUCUAGAAAUAACGUGCAAAGAUGUAGGCAGAUUGUACGCAUUAUGACUUGGUGCUAUGUCUUUUUGAACUCGUGGUGCUGUGGUUCAGAGGUUAACACAAACUCACGCACACUCCUCUGUCUUUAACUAACUCAACUAGCUCUGUUGUGGUUUCCUUUGUUGAGUAGGACUGCAAGCAAUAAAACCUCCCUCACAGGAACGGUCCUGUGCGCUCACUAUGGAAAUGGGAAAUGUGUUAUAUACUGUACUACUAUUCAGCUUUGACAUUCAAAUAUGUUAUUAAAUGAUCAUUCGCUGUCAUCAUGAAUAAAAGCAAAGAGACAAAAAUUCAUACAGAAGGAUGAGUUUGCUGACAAUAUGUAUAGUAAUCUAUAAAGUGUACCCAACGGUAUGAAUUCAUUUUUUAUGAAUACAUUUUUCAUUUAGCAUGGAAGAUGACACAAACAAGUUUUUGUUUUAUAGUGUUUUUCUUGGACACAAUUGGAGCGAUGCAUCAUUGCAUACAUCUGUCAAUCUGAUAAGUAAGAUGCAGGUGAAGUUUUGCAGUAUAUCUGCGGAUGGAGAUUGAUGCCGUUGUAUUUUAUCCAGCUCCCCUGGUUUAUGAAAUGAUAUUUCGAUUGUUGAAUAUAUAUACGAUACUGUACAGGUAGACAUGCCCCGUUUUUGUUUGUGAUGGACAAAGGGGGCCUUUCACACUGCAUGCGUUCUUGUGUACAUCUGCGCUGUUUUUAAUAGUUUGUCUACGUAAACAUGCGCUAGACUCGUGCGUCUCGCUGUUUUUGAUCACAAGAACGCAUCAUGUGUGAAUGGUCCCUAAAUGGGGACAUUUGCAGGAAUUGUCAUAUCAUCUCUUUGAUUGCCUGUAUUCAGUUAUUGUGCUUACUACUGUACUUACAGUAUGGUGCUUUGUGAAACUUUUUUACUUUUAUUUUGUCGAUCGAACAGAACUAACCUUACACAAGAGAGUUUUGGCUCAUUCGGACCGGUUUGUCUUGGUUUAGAUGAAGUUUGUGUUCUUCAUUCUUUGCUGUUCAUAUUAACCAGCACUGAAAACUUAGAAUGUAAUACUGCAUUAUGCACUAAUUUACGACUGUUUUAACAUUAAACCUCAUACUUAGAGCUUAUUGGAAACUGCAUUGUUGUGCUUUUAAUUGCUUUUAAAUAAUUGUGUUGUACAUUUGUUUACAGAUUAUGUUAUCUUAAGAUGUGUUCUGGGCAAACAUGUUUUUCAUCUUGACAUCUUAAAUGCAAUGUGUAAGAGACUGUUCUUAUGCGAAGAGAAACACACAGAUUUUUUUGAUUGAAUGAUUGAAUGACUUGAUCGGAGGCAUUUUUGUUAAGUAAUCUGAUUUGUUUCAGGUAUUAUUCUUCAACAGUAUGGUGCUGUACCAAAGCCUUAUGUAAAAUACUAUGAUGUAUUGUUUGAUUCAUCUGCCACUGCUAAAGAAUCUCCAAGAAAUUGUUAAAGACAAAACACGGUGCAGUGUGCCUCUAUCUCUCUCCUUACGGACAUUCAGUGUCUAGCUACUCAGAUGUUUAGAUAUGGUGCCUGGUGUGUCUUCAUGCUGCUAGGAGUAAAUGUUAAUGAUGUUUCCUAUCUGUACAACCAACAUCUGAAGUGUGACAUUGACCUCCACAAUAACAAGUUGGACACCUUGAUUCAGCAUCUUGAUAUUUGAAGGGACGACCCUGCAUUAAGCAAUGGCAUUUUAAAGUCUAAAGGAAAAUCCCGUUGUAUUCUUUUCUUUUCAUUAUUUUUGUAUUAUUUAAGUUUUCUUAACAUCAAGUCAAAGUAAAAUAAAACCCCAAUCAAAAAGAAAUAUGCUAUCCUGACAAAUGAAUUGUCCCUGAACAUACCAGACCUAGAAAUCAUACAUAUGAGGACCUCAGAUGCAAAAGCCACUAAAUGCAAAAAAAUUAGAUUUUUAACCAAAUGCGCGUUAAAAAUAUUACGAAUUUUAGUAAUUUUGCAAAAAUUAGGCCUUAAGUAUAUUCUUGUCAGAAAAAAAUGCAUGCACUUAGAGGGUUUUGCAGUGUGAGGCAGUCAAAUUUGUUAAAUACCAAUGAAGAAAUGACUAAAGUGACAUUUGUAAAAAAAAUAAGGCAUUUCAAUUAUGACUAAUAACCUUUUCAUUGCCAUUAAAGUGAAAUUACAGAACCUAAACAUAAGAAACAGAGAUGGGUUUUGCGUGUGAACUCCUCAUAUGAAGUGUAAGUGCUGUCUUUUAAAAGCCCAAAUGUAGUUCUGUGUGGAGCCAUUCAAUUUACAUUGUUUACAUCACCUGAUGCCCAGAUAUGCUCGUUUUGGCAAGCUAUUAGGUUGACAUUUUCAACGCUUUGGUCCAUUUAAUAACCCCGUCAAACUUUUUGUAUUUUGAUAUAAUAAAAAAAUAAGAGUG